GACCCGAAUGUAUGGCCCCACGAGUUUGAAUCGCACGGGGAUCGUACGAAAGGGAGGUUUGAAAAUGUGGUCUGGCCCCAGUAUGACUCCACUCAGAAAAAGUACUUGAUGAUUGGCAUGAAACCCAAAGUGCGUGACCACUACCACUCGCAUCGCCUGUCCUUUUGGUUACACCUCAUACCGAAACUCCACAAACCGGGCGGGGAUGAGGACAUAUACCUGCGGCACCACCUACUCCACGACCACGACAAUCAACAGUCGUACGACGGCAUAGUGCGCCAAAUUGCCUUCAAAUUCCUGGAGCCCCUACCGACGGCACCGGGAGCCAAGCCUAGCAACAACACGGCUACCAAUAGCCAAGCUAAAUAUUCGAGCAAGCUAAAUUAUAAAUCGCUACAACAGCAGCAAAUGCAAUCGAGUACACCGAGCUCGUUUAUGUUUAGCACCCAGUUCCCUUUAUCCAUGUCCACCGAGGUUAGCAAUAAGACUACGGCCACGGCUAUUGUUAUGAAUGAUGGGAACGGCUACCAGACCGCAUUGACUAUUACUAUAGUGAUAGGAUGCUCGCUGCUUUUUCUCAAUAUUUUGAUAUUUGCCGGUAUUUACUAUCAGUUAAACUCGUCGAAGAAUAAGCGAAAAAAGAAGUUUGUCAAGAGUUUCGACGUGAGUGAUUAA